AUGUUUGAAGAAAUCUUUAAAAAACGAAUUCACGAAAUGAAUUCGCUUAUAACCCGUAAGGAAAGCAAACUGGUAUAUGAAGAGGAAUGUAAUCGUUUAAAAGAUAUAGUGGAACAUCUAACAGAACAACGUAAAGAAUCGGUAGAUACCAUAAAAUUGGUGAAUAGCGGAUUAAACGAAUUAAUUAACAGUUUGCAAAAAAAGAAUCCGCCAA